AACGAACACGUAGCAGCACGAAGAUACACUUUGCGAUAAGAUCGGCUAUGUACCUUGAUACGAGGGGAUAAUAUUAAAACAGAAGAUGCAUCGCCUUCGUCGCUUGAGCCGUAUCGUCGCGUGCGGCAUAAUUCCAAGGCGAGGCGGUGAAGCUGCGUCGGGCGGGAUUAGGUGCGAGGCUUCAACUGGACUUAGAGCGUUGUCCGCCACCGCGUGCGUUCGUAAAGAGGAAUCCAAAGCUUUACGUAGUACAAAACCGAAAUCGAAGAAUGACACUCUGCAAUACUUCGUCGAUAUAAAAACAGUGAGAACAGUUGGGGGAAACGGCGGCGAUGGGCAGAUAUCGUUCCUGCGACUGUGGGUCAACGAUCGAGCCGGUCCUGACGGUGGUGACGGCGGGCACGGUGGUCAUGUGAUAUUCGAAACGACAAAGAACGUGAAGGAUCUCGGUCAGAUAGAUUCCGUGAUCACAGCUGAGAACGGGGAGAAAGGCUACAGCAAGGAUUGCUUCGGCAAAAAUGCGGAGCACACGGUGGUGAAGGUGCCCGUCGGCACGCUCGUGCGCGACGUGAACGGCAGGAUAUUGGCCGACCUGGAGAAGACAGGAAUGAUGUUCAUUGCCGCGAGGGGUGGCGCCGGCGGGCACGGGAAUGCCUUUUUCAAGUCGGACACCCAACAGACGCCUGAGAUUUCCGAGUACGGCGCGAUCGGGGAAAACUUGCAGUACGUGCUGGAAGUGAGGAGUAUGGCCCACGUUGGAUUGAUCGGUCUGCCAAAUGCUGGCAAAAGUACGCUUUUAAGAGCGAUAUCCCGGGCCCGGCCAAAGGUAGCGGCGUAUCCCUUUACUACUUUGAAACCCCACAUAGGCAUGAUACAGUACGACGAUUACGAACAAAUUGCAGUGGCCGACAUGCCCGGUCUCAUAGAGGACUCGCAUAAGAACAGAGGGCUCGGCAUAACUUUCCUCAAGCACGCGGAGCGUUGCGCCGCUUUAAUAUUUAUUAUAGACGUGACGCAGAGCGAGCCGUGGGGAGUUCUGGAAACUUUGAAGCACGAGAUUAACCAGUUUAACGAAAGCCUGAACGGCAGGCCCCACAUUAUUGUGGCAAACAAAAUCGAUUUGCCAGGUGCCGAGGUUAAUUUACAGUUACUCAGAGAACGUAUAGAUUUACCGAUAAUUCCUAUCUCCGCCAAGGUAGGAACCAACAUUUCCACUUUAUUGAAGGAGAUUAGAAGAUUGUACGAUAAUCUGAAUAUUAACACAUCAGAAGAAAACACCGAGCUGUCGGUGUGACUUCUUACAUAAUAAAUCCGUAAAUAAAUCCAUAAAAA